AUGAUGCGGGCAUCAUUAUUCAGCUUGGCUACAUGCCUGCUGGUACUGCUACAACCUCGAUCGGCUGUAGCAAGUCCAUCCGUCAAUGUUGCCCUGCAAGCUUCGUUCGGCGCGGGCCCGUACCUCGUGGAACUCUUAGAAACAGCCGCCCAAGAAAACGCUACCGCAUACUUCCCUCUCCUCGACCGCAUCGCCUCUGGCAUUUUCGAAGAUGCCACCAACGACAAAGACCUUUAUGAAUCUUUCCUUCAAGUCCUCAUACAAGACAACCAUCUCGCAAGCAAGGAAAGCCUAGAUUCCUUUAAAUUCGCGCUCGCCAUUCGUUCCGCCGCACCGCGAAUCCAGGCGCAUUAUCAGUAUUAUAAUACCUCUGUAACGUCGACGUUGGGGACCGCCCAAGACGCCGCUUGCCCCGUGUGGGUGCACAUGGAUGGGAAACAGUAUUGUUCCUCGACUCUUGAACGUGCGCAACAGGAUGUUUCUGGUGAUAGAGACCCUCGAGAGCUACCCUUCGAUCGGACUUUAGGGGACGCAUCUGCCACGCCAGCGGUUCUAUAUGCGGAUAUUGCGUCGCCGAUAUUUGCGGAUUAUCAUCGGACACUAAAAGGGCUGGCGGACGAAGGUCAGAUUGCAUAUAGAGUGCGGUAUCGGCCGGCUCAUGAUGGUGUUUCUCAGCCUUUGUUCGUGUCGGGUUAUGGUGUGGAGUUGACGUUGAAGAGGACGGAUUACAUUGUGAUUGAUGACCGGCAAGCUGAGGAAAGAGAGACAACCAAGAGCAACACGAAAGCGCCGAGUGCCCAGGAUCUAGAAACGGAGGAAGACGAAGCACCGCCGGACUUGAAGCCGUUGUCUUCUUCCGAAGUCGCAAAGCUAGGAAUGAGUGCAGCGAGUUUCGUGCUCGAUAGUUCGGAUCCGUUCACGACACUGGUCAAGCUCUCGCAGGAUUUCCCGAAACACUCUUCUUCUGUUGCGGCAUAUAACGCUUCCAACGAAUUUUUGGAAGAAUACAAGAAGAAUCGCCAGGCUGGAUUACCGGCGGGKCGCAAUGCUAUUUGGAUUAAUGGCUUGCAGAUCGAUUCUCGACAAGUCGAUGCCUAUUCAUUGCUGGAUUAUCUACGACGGGAAAGACAGUUGAUAGCCGAGUUUCAAAAGAUUGGACUGUCUGGUUCGGAGGCCAUUGAUCUUUUGUCUUAUCCUGCGUUGGCUGAAGUACAGGGCAACAGUGAGGCGCAACGCUAUGACUGGCGUGAUGAGAUCGAGGGAGGAGAGGUUGUCGUCUGGUUGAAUGAUCUUGAAAAGGAUAAGAGAUAUGCUAAUUUUCCUACAACUCUACAAACGCUGCUGCAACCGACAUAUCCAGGACAGUUCCCAUCUGUUGCUCGCGAUAUUCAAAAUGUCGUUGUCCCUGUUGAUCUUGCAAACGUCGACGAUGUUCAAUUUGUUGUAAAGUAUCUUUACGCAUUCAUCAAACGACUAAUACCGGUUCGGUUUGGCCUAGUUCUGACUGCCAACACCGAAGAGUCCAAGGCUCAAGCAAAGAUUGCUCACUAUCUGCACCAAGCAUAUGGCCUGGCUUCGCUGUUGCAGUACUUUGAGGCAUCUUUGUCCUCCGAGAUUUCUCGCGCUCACAAGCCGUCUUUUGAAGCUGCUAUUGCAGAGCGAUCUCUGCGUCCUGAUCAAGAAGCUCUUUCGUUUGAAGAAGUACUUCAGUCAGAAGCACUAGACUUGAUUGUCGCCCGCACAGAAAACUAUCUCAAACGCUUGGAUCUCAAAGGAGCCUUACCACCAACAUUGGUGAACGGUGUCCCUAUGUCUCGCAGUGAGACCUAUAUGCAAGAACUCCCCAUGCAACUAAGCAGAGAUCUUCAAAUCAUCCAACAAGGCCUUAUCCAAGGGGUGGUCAGCGAAGAUGACUAUAUACCUGACUACUUCCUCUCGCAAGCCGCGCAAAGCCGGAACGAGUGGAUUGUCCCUGAACGUGACAGUGGCAUUCUCAUUGCUGACAUCCGUAGUGCUGCCGAGGCACACAAUGAUUUUGCGAAUAUUCUUCGUUUCCCCGCUGAUGCCAAACAUCCGACUGCCAAUGUCCAGCUUAUUGUUACAGGGGACUUCAACACCGAGCAUGGCUUUGCGCUUUUGAUAUCUGCUUUGAGGUUUCGUCAGACACAUCCAGAGGUUGAAAUAGUUCCUCUGCACAAUCCAGAUGCAGAAGAUAAAGUUGGGGACAAUUCGUCAAAGCUUUAUGAUCUUUUGCGCCAUCCAGAGCCAAUAGACCUUGACCAUGUACUCGCUCAGUUGCAGUCUGGCAAUUCACAGCAAGCAGUUCAGAAAGAGGAAGAACAGACAUACUGGAUCAACGUCCAGCAGUUGAUCACGGACAUAGGACUAUCAGCUGGAGCUACCAGCCUCAUCAUUAAUGGAAGAGUCGUUGGACCACUUCCAUCAUCUGUCGAGUUCACUGAGGCAGAUUUCGAGCUUCUAUUCUCAUACGAGACCUCGCAACGUCUUGGGCCCCUUUCUGCAGCCCUCAAAGACCUCGAUAUUGAAAGUAAAAUAAAAGGUCCUCUGAACUUCGCCAAGCUCACUUCCCUUGUCAUGUUGUCAUCUGAUGCCCCCGAAGGCGUUUUUGAGCAGCGGUCCAAGUACCGAGUGAAUGUUUGGAAGAGAUGGAAUAGUACGCACUCAGCUAUUGAUGCUUCUACCAAUACCAAAGAGGCAUCAAUCAACAUUGCAGCAGCGGUCGACCCGACAUCCGAAAUGGCACAGAAAUGGCUUCCUAUUUUGAAGACGUUAUCCAAGUUGGCUGGCGUUAAUGUACGAAUUUACCUCGCACCAAAUGGUCAAUUGUCAGAACUUCCGAUCAAGAGAUUCUAUCGACAUGUCCUGCAGUCUGAGCCGACGUUUGACGAGAGCAGAGCUUUGGAGCGUCCGGAAGCGUCGUUUACGGGUUUGCCUCAAGAUGCACUAUUGACUUUGGGCAUGGACGUGCCAUCCUCUUGGCUUGUUGCGCCCAAGUAUUCCGUCCAUGAUCUGGACAACAUAAAGCUCAGUGUGAUUAAAGACGGUUCUGAUGUCGACGCAAUCUAUGAGUUGGAGCAUAUCCUCAUAGAAGGACACUCUUCAGAUACCACGCUCAGAUCUCCCCCUCGCGGUGUUCAGCUGUUAUUGGAAACUGAAAAAGGAUCUUUCUUCGCCGAUACCCUAGUCAUGGCUAACCUGGGUUAUUUCCAAUUCAAAGCACAACCUGGAUUCUGGAAGAUUGAGCUCAAAGAAGGUCGAAGCCAGGACAUUUUUCAGCUGGAUACUAUUGGCGGCGGACAAAAGAGUACUGGUACUAACGAGGUGGCAUUGCUCUCGUUCCAGGGCAAGACACUCUUUCCUCGCCUAUCACGCAAACCAGGACAGGAGCAGGAAGAAGUUUUGGAGACUGGGCCGAAGCCGGGAUCAGCAAUGGACUAUGUCUCCAAGGGCCUCAAUUUCGCUCAGGGGGUCUUAUCGAGCGUUGGCGUCAAGCAAACAGGCAAAAGCGAGUCCGCCGAGAAACAUGCUGAAAUAAACAUCUUCUCCGUGGCCAGCGGGCAUUUGUACGAACGCAUGCUCAAUAUCAUGAUGGUCUCGGUAAUGAAAAAUACCAACCACAGCGUCAAAUUCUGGUUCAUCGAGCAAUUUCUCUCCCCAUCCUUCAAGUCCCUCUUGCCACAUCUCGCAGAAGAAUACGGCUUCACUUAUGAAAUGGUAACCUACAAAUGGCCGCACUGGCUUCGCGGCCAACGCGAAAAACAACGAGAAAUAUGGGGCUACAAGAUUUUGUUUUUGGACGUUCUCUUCCCGCUCUCUCUGGAUAAAGUCAUAUUCGUCGACGCCGACCAAAUCGUCCGCACGGACAUGUACGACCUCGUUAUACUCGACCUCGAGGGAGCCCCCUAUGGUUUUACGCCCAUGUGCGAUUCGCGCGAAGAAAUGGAAGGCUUCCGCUUCUGGAAACAGGGGUACUGGAAAUCCUACCUCCGGGACCUGAAAUACCACAUCUCCGCCUUAUAUGUCGUCGACCUCCAACGAUUCCGUGAACUCGCUGCCGGCGACCGUUUACGCGGUCAAUACCACACUUUAUCCGCCGACCCAGAAUCGCUAGCCAAUCUAGACCAAGACUUACCCAAUAAUAUGCAGACGCUCAUCCCGAUCAAGAGUCUUCCCCAAGACUGGCUGUGGUGCGAGACGUGGUGUUCGGAUGAGGCGCUCAAGACGGCUAAGACGAUUGAUCUUUGUAAUAAUCCAUUAACGAAAGAGCCGAAGUUAGACAGGGCGAGGAGGCAGGUUCCGGAGUGGACGGAGUAUGAUGAUGAGAUUGCGGCGUUGGCGAGGAGGGUUGCCUCGACCUCUACAGAGGGUGAAGAUGAAGAUGAUGUUGAAGCGGAGGAGGUGUAUGAGAGGAAAGAUGAGUUGUAA